AUGAAAAUAAUGGGGCAGCCACCGCCAGGCGCUAAGAUCAUUGUCGGACCGCCGCCACCAGGCGCGAAAACUAUUGUCGGGGCGCCACCUCCUGGAUUCAAGAUCAUGUACAGCUCCCCACCACCAGGCACGGUGCACAUGGCGUCGCCGCCGCUGAGCAGCACGCCGCCGUCGCUGUCGCAUGAUAACACGCCUCCGCUCCCACCGGGAAUGACUGCAAAGACCCCAAUGAAGAUGCUGCCGCCAGGAGCGAAGUUGAUUAGUGGGCCACCGCCUCCAGGCUCGCGGCCAGUGUCGCCAGAGGAGGCAAGACACUCAGCGACGAGCCCUUCGCUGAUCCCGUCGCGCUCGGUGUCACCCACCAACGCGUCCGUGUUUCGCAUUCUGCCAAACGGUGUAAAGGUGCUUGUGAGUCCGCCCACCGUUGGAGGACCCGUUCAUCCUGCGAGCAAGACGCUACCUGGCCACCUUAGCCCGUCUCUGCCGGCGAAGUCUCCGCCAAAGAUGCUGAUCAAGUCAAUGGGAGGCUUGAGCCUGGGAGGGGCACCGGCAGCGCUGACGUCGCGCACCACGGCGCCACUGAUCCCUCCGCAGAACACGAACGUUUCUGUCGGGCCCAAAUCCUUUCCAGGGCCGCAACAGCAACUUCCACAGCCGACGCCGGUACGAUCCGGUGGCACCAUCGUGAAGGUAGACGAGGUCCCCUACCGCACGCCUCCCGGGCGCAACCAGCAGACAUCGGCUGCCACGCUACCCCGAGGCGAUGUGCCAGUGAAGAUGCACAAGUCGGGCAGCGACGAGUUCACCUUCGAGGAGGAGGAGGACAACAUAGAUGACUCCGCCGACAUCCAGUUUGAGGAGGCGCCAUCGGCGAUGCCACCGGAAACGACGCAGGCUGGCGCGGCGGGAGCGGAGCUGCGCCGCAUUUCCCCGUCGGACUCCUCGUCCUCCUCGCUCUCCCUCCGCGAAGAUCCCGACGAGGCCACGGCGCUCCCAACGGUGAUGAAGCCGUACAGCAGCAGUGCGCCAACGGCGAUGGCGUCGCCGUGCUCGCCAUCGUCUGGCGUAGGUACAGUUGCACCUGUGGAGCAGGAAGGGAGCGUGCACAGGCACCGCUCAAAGGAAGAGGGUAGCAAAGGGGGAGGGAAAAAGAAGCGCAAAGGCCAUAGCGCGUCGCCGGGGGACGACAAGUCGUCGCGCAAGCAUAGACGCAAGCAUCAUCACCCCCACCGAUCGAAGUCCAGCGAUGUGGGCAACAUGUCGAGGAGCUCGGCGUCGCUGCAGUCAUAUUCCGUUCCUGGUUCUCAAGCGAGUGCCUUGCCUGCGGCGGUGGACCACACGCAACUCCGCACGCCAUCGCAGCGGGUGGCAGCGACCGGUAAAGAUGACCUUGUAGACACCUCAGAAGAGCUAGGUGGCGCACAGCUGAGAGAACUUGCCUUUACACCGGAGGCGCUCACUUCUGCCUCACGCGACCGAAUCGCAGAGGACUUCUUGUCGAUUCUCUGCCCUCAGCAGUAUUAUGGUAAGGUGCAGAAGAUUAGUCGUAUCCGAGCAUUCAAGGCGGACCGCUCCGCCGCUACCGGCCUGCGGAGCAGCAGCUCUAUCUACGUCGCGACAAAAGGUGUGAUGCCGAACCCUUACUUCUAUCCUCAGCUGCGGCUGCGCAACAGCGAUGGGGAAAAGCUCGCGAGCCUCACGAGCGCCGACGAAAUGUCAGAGGGUGUCGUGAACACGCCAAUCAUCCUCUACGAAGCUGCUCCUGGCAACAUGCUGUUCGCCGACACCGAGCUCGAGGCACGGCGCUUGCUCGAGAGUAACCGGAACUUUAACAGCUGCUUUAUGCUCAGCAACUCAGCCAUUCUCUUUAGAGACCCCGAACACUACGUGGUGCCCAUCGCUUCUCUGAUUGUGCAGUGGGUGCCAUACGCCUCACCGCAGUCGGAGCCGCAGUGCCCUGUCCACAGGCGCGAGUUGCAACUCUUCGACCCGUGCUCGAAGGAGCUCCUCUGCGCCCUUUGCGCGUCGCGCAACAGGAUUCACAUGUCGAACUUCGUCGUCAUCCCCGACGUGCUUGGCAACGCCGACUCGCGCCACACGAUCGAAGAAAAGGUGUCCGUUCAGCUGGAAGAGGCGCAGCAAUCGGCGAAGCGGUGGGUGGAGCAGCACCAGCGGGUACGCGAGCUGUGCGAAAGCAAAAAGGACGCCAUCCGCAACCAAUUCAAUCUCCUCAUCAACGCCCUCGAGGGGAAGAAGAAGGAGUACAUUGAGGCGUGUGAGGCGGAGUUUGCUUACGCACAGACGGACGUCGCCCGCGAAAUCCUCAUCACGGAUGAGAAGGUGCAGCUGCUGCGCGCCGCUACGGACCACCUCCGCACCGAUCCGUCGAGGCCGCUCUUCUCCAUGCAAAUCGCAACCAUCGCCGAGGGCUUGAGCGCCUCCACGGACCUGCCUUCGCGCUUUACGCGUGCCUCGCUGCGGCUACCCCCGAUGAGCGCCGGUCUCGUCCCGAACUUAGAGGGUGUCAUGUCGCAAGUGCUGGAGCUCAAUCCGCAGCUGUCCCCCUCGGGAGCCAGAGGCGCGGAAUAUCGUACGGAGGACUUGUCUCUGUCAAACUCGCCGUGCAAACGACCGAACUGGAAGCUUCACAACGAUGGUCGGCCUGUGGAGGAGGCCGUGAACAUCGCAAACGGAGAUCGCUGGCGUUCUAGCGGCACGAGUGCCACUGCUACUACCGCUUCCCUCGCCAAGUCGUCGCGGCCUGCAAGCCGAAACGCGAAUGUGUCGCCGGUGCGUAACAAUGGUCGUUCUCCCUGUUUUAGUGGCGCUGCCCGACCUGCUCUUUCUGGACCCGCGCUGACGCGAGAGUACAUGAGAACCACGUCUAGCUCUUCCAACAAGCGAUCUGCCGCGGGGUCAGCUUCAUCGGCGCAGUAUGCCGCGGACGCGGUGUCUGUGCCGAACAGCACCGGAACUUCGCUCUUCGAUUUCGCCCUUCACCACCUGCUGGGCGCCAUGGGUACAUCGAAUGUGAAACGGCGAUCACCGCGGUACGUGCAGUGGGCCAUCCGCAUCGAUGAUCCGGGCGACUGGGUUGGUCUCGGCGUCGGUGUUGGCAACACAAUUGAGGCGUGGGAGCAAGGCAGCACAAAUGACUUCUCUCACUUGUGGAUUGUACCGGCGUCCAUGACGGGCCAGGUGUUGUACCUGCGCGUCGCAGUGAGCUCUAGCAGCGGACACGCAAAGCUGACGGUACACGAUGUGCGUGGAAAGCAGGUAGACGCUGGUGAGGUGCCGCAGUGGAACGCAACCCGUCCGUCCUACCCGCAGGCCACGUUUGGUGGGCACAUCGGAUCCGUUCGGAUGAUAGAGAUCCCUCAUGUUGUGCACUGA